AUGGUGUUCAGUAUUCUGUUCCUAGCUUUACAUCUCUUGCUUGAAGUGAAAAGUUCUAUGAUAACUUUGAGUAACAAUGGAUAUGAAGGCAUUGUCAUUGCAAUUGACCCUAGAGUACCAGAAGAUGAAAGGCUCAUUCAAAGCUUAAAGGAAAUGGUAACCGAAGCUUCUACAUACCUAUUUCAUGCUACCAAACGAAGAGUUUAUUUCAGGAGUGUGAGCAUUUUAAUCCCAGUGACAUGGAAGUCAAAAUCUGAGUACUUAAUGCCAAAACAAGAAUCAUAUGAGCAGGCAGAUGUCAUAGUUGCUAAUCCUUACUUAAAAUACGGAGAUGUACCCUACACACUUCAAUAUGGACAAUGUGGAGAAAAAGGACGAUAUAUACAUUUCACUCCGAACUUCUUGUUGAAAAAUAAUUUGCUUAUCUAUGGGCCCCACGGUAGAAUAUUUGUCCAUGAGUGGGCACACCUACGGUGGGGAGUAUUUGAUGAGUAUAAUGAGGACCAGCCAUUCUACUUCUCCAGGAAGCAAAUUAUUGAAGCAACAAGAUGUUCAACUGAUAUUACUGGUAUUAAUAGAGUUCCUGACCAAUGUCAGGGAGGCAGCUGUAUACCAAGGCAAUGCAAAUAUGAUUCAAAGACAGGACUGUAUGAAGCAAAAUGUAUAUUCAUCCCGGAUAAAAACCAGGCUGCAAAGGGCUCUAUAAUGUUUAUGCAAAGUCUCGACUCUGUGAUGGAAUUUUGCACAAAAAAGACACACAACCCAUAUGCUCCUAACCUACAAAAUAAAAUGUGCAAUCGCAGAAGCACAUGGGACAUAAUCAUGGACUCUGAUGAUUUUAAGAAAGCCUCUCCCAUGACAGGAACAAAUCUACCACCUCACCCCACAUUUUCACUGCUCAAAUCCAAAGAGCGUGUAGUUUGCUUGGUACUUGAUACAUCUGGAAGCAUGGAUACAGACAACCGUCUCUAUCUAAUGAAUCAAGCAGCAGAAUUAUUUUUGAUUCAAAUUAUUGAAAAGGGAACCUUGGUUGGGAUGGUCACAUUUGAAAGUUCUGCUAAAAUCCAAAGCUAUCUGACAAAGCUAACUGAUGAUGAUGAUUACCAAAGCAUCUCUGCAAAACUGCCUCAAAAAGCCGCAGGAGGAACUUCAAUUUGCAGUGGACUCAGAACAGGAUUCCAGGUAAUAACUAUGACCAAUAGCCAGAGCACUUCUGGUUCUGAAAUUAUAUUACUAACAGAUGGGGAAGAUAAUCAAAUAACGUCAUGCUUUGAAGAGGUAAAACAAAGUGGUGCGAUUGUCCACACCAUUGCUCUGGGACCUUCUGCUGCCAAAGAACUGGAGAGCCUUUCAGUUAUGACAGGAGGGCAUUCUUUUUUUGCCAAUAAAGAUGUAAAUGGACUUAUUGAUGCCUUCAGUAGAAUUUCAUCUAGAAAUGGUAACAUCACUCAGCAAGCUCUUCAGUUGGAAAGUAAAGCCUUUAAUAUUCCAACAAGGAAAUGGAUAAAUGGUACCGUGCCUGUGGAUAAUACAAUUGGAAGUGACACUUUUUUUGUUGUCACAUGGACAAUACAAAAGCCAGAAAUUCUCCUUCAAGAUCCAAAAGGAAAGACAUAUGGAACCUCAGACUUCCAAGAAGAUAAACUAAAUAUUCGGUCAGCCCGACUUCGAAUACCAGGUGUUGCAGAAACAGGCACUUGGACUUACAGCUUUCGAAACAAACAUCCCAAAUCUCAGUUGCUAUCAAUAACAGUAACCACUAGAGCAAGAAGUCCUACCACACUUCCAAUAAUUGCAACUGCUCACAUGAGUCAGAAUACAGCACAAUACCCUAGCCCAAUAAUUGUGUAUGCACAAGUCAGUCAAGGGUUUUUGCCUGUUCUGGGAAUGAACGUAACAGCCAUUAUAGAAAAUGAAGAUGGACAUCAAGUAACAUUGGAACUCUGGGACAAUGGUGCAGGUGCUGAUACUAUCAAGAAUGAUGGCAUCUACUCAAGAUAUUUUACAGAUUUCCAUGGAAAUGGUAGAUACAGUUUAAAAGUACGUGCACAGGCAAGAAAAAAUACAACUAGACUAAGUUUGAGACAACAGAACCGAGCUUUGUAUGUAGCAGGCUAUGUUGAAAAUGGUAAAAUUAUACUGAAUCCACCUAGACCUGAAGUCAAACUUGACAUGACAGAAAUUGAAGACUUCAAUAGACUAACCUCUGGAGGAUCGUUUACUGUAUCUGGAGCUCCUCCUCCUGGUAAAAUUACGACUGUGUUCCCACCUGGUAAAAUCACAGACCUUAAUGCUAGAUACAAAGAAGAUCAAAUUCACCUUUCAUGGACUGCUCCUGGCAAUGAGCUUGAUAAAGGAAAAGUCAACAGGUACAUUAUAAGAAUAAGUAAGUGUUUCCUGGAUCUUGAAAAAGAUUUUGACAACGCUACUUUAGUGAACACUUCUAGUCUGAUGCCAAAGGAGCCUGGUUCAAAUGAAAAUUAUGAAUUCAAACCAGAACCAUUUACAAGAGCAAACGGAACUACAUUCUAUAUUGCAAUUCAAUCCAUCAGUCAAGCCAAUCUCAUUUCAGAAGUUUCUAACAUUGCACUAGCAGUCAAGUUUAUACUUCCACCAGAAUCCAGUAUUCCUGCUCUGAGCAAUAAUAUUUCUGCAAUCAGUUUGGUAAUAUUUGGGUUAUUGGUGAUUUUACUUAUAUUUUAA